AUGUCUUAUCAGUACCCGCCUAAUCAACAAGCACCCUACGGCUAUCCUCAGGGUGCCCCUCCCCAGGGUCCUCCCCAGGGCUAUCAACAGCCUCCAUACCCUCAGCAACAAUACGGUGCUCCUCAGGGUGCUCCCCAUGGUGCCCCUCCCCCGCAGGGCUAUGGCCAGCCUCCUCCUCAACAGCAGGGAUACUACGGCGCUCCUUCACCUCAACCUCCUGCUCCAUACGGUGCCCCUCCUGCUCAUCAUGGCGGGUAUCCUCCCCAGCACCAGCAGCAGCAGCCAUAUGGGCAAGCUCCGCCGGGCCAGCAAUAUCCCCCUCCACACGGCCAGCCGCCACAAGGCUAUGCCCCUCCUCCCCAGGGACCACCUCACGGCGCCCCAGCCGGCGCUCCCAUGCACGGCGCGCCCGCUCAGUACGGUGCGCCCAUGGGAGCUCCAGCUCCUCCAUCGCUGGGCUACGUCCCCGGUCAAGUAGCACCGGGCGACUUCCGAGCAGAAGCGGAUGCCCUCCGCAAAGCGAUGAAGGGCUUCGGCACGGACGAAAAGGUCCUAAUCAAAGUCCUUUCGCGCCUGGAUCCUCUCCAGAUGGCCGGCGUCCGCGCCACAUACACCAAGUACAUCGGCCGUGACUUGUACAAGGACGUCGAGUCCGAGACGGGCGGGUACCUGGAACAAGGUCUUCUCGCCGUGAUCGAGGGCCCCCUCAUGUACGACGUGGCAUGUGCGCGGGAAGCCGUCAAGGGCGCCGGAACAAAGGAAUGGCUCCUGAACGACAUCCUCCUCGGCCGAUCCAACGCCGAUCUCCACGCUAUCCAGGCAGCCUACCAGCGCACCUACCACCGCCAACUUUCCCAAGACGUCCAAGACGACCUCUCCUUCAAAACAGCCGAGCUCUUCAAGAACGUCCUCCGCGCCGCCCGAAACGAAGACUCCGUCCCGCUAAACCCGCACGCCAUCGAAGCCGAAGUGCGCACCCUGCACGACUCGACCGCCGCCCGGGUGGUCAACAACAUCUCCGAAGUAACGGGUAUUUUCGCACGCUCGUCAAACGCUGAGCUACGCGAGAUAGACCGUGCGUUCCAAGCGCGUUACCACACUCCGCUGGAUAAACAUGUUGAGAAGGAAUUCUCUGGACAUAUGGAAGAUGCGUUGUUGCAUAUGUUGCGGACGGCGACGGAUCCGGCGAUGCGGGAUGCGAUUUUGUUGGAGGAGUGUAUGGCUGGCAUGGGGACGAAGGAUGAGAAGUUGGUUGUUAGGGUUGUGAGGGUUCAUUGGGAUCGGCAGCAUAAGGAGAUGGUUAAGAGGGCGUAUAGGCAUCGCUUUGGGAAGGAUUUGAUUACUCGCGUGCGGGAGGAGACGUCGGGGGAUUAUGAGAAGUUGAUGGUUGCGUUGUUGGAGUAA